AUGAAUCCAUUGCGGCUUCUGCUACUAGGAGCUCCUGGAUCGGGGAAGGGCACCCAAACUUCCAAACUCUUAAAACAUUUCGAUCACGUUAAAUCGGUGUCGUCCGGGGACUUGCUUCGACAGCAGAUUCGGCUAAACACAGAUUUAGGUCAUAUAGCUGCUAAGUACAUUGCGGAAGGUAAGCUUUUGCCAGAUUCAUUUGUCACAGGGCUUGUUCUUAACGAACUGAGUUCGAGAAGAUGGCUUUCUUCAAAAUCUACCUGGCUAUUGGAUGGGUUCCCAAGGACGGUCAGCCAAGCCAAAUCUUUGCGCUCCGAACUCAAGCCACAUGGGGCAACGCUCAACAUGGUUGUAGAGCUGGAUGUGCCUGAAAGUGUCAUACUAGAGCGUAUCGAAAAUAGAUACGUCCAUGUUCCCAGCGGUAGAGUCUACAAUCUAACCUACAAUCCACCGAAAGUUGCUGGCCGAGAUGAUGUUACCGGCGAACCUCUCUCUAAGCGCUCGGACGACACGGCCGAGGUUUUUGGAGCAAGGCUUGCCAAUUACCGAGAAACCUUGUCGCCAUUGAAGGCUUUCUACUCCAAAAUUGGUAUCCUCCACAAAGUGUCAGGCGAAACAUCAGACAUUAUAUUUCCGCAGCUACUCGAACUUGUGCAAAGGGAGUUAACCAAAAAUUGA